AGCCCCUCCCGCCUCUGUGUCGCCGGCCCGGAAGCGCUCUGGCCGGCGCCCGGAAGCCCUUCACCUUCGGCCGAGCCAAGAUGGCGGUGGACACCGCAACUGAGCUGCUGUUUUUAGACACGUUCAAGCACCAGAGCGCGGAGCAAAGUACCAAUAUAGAUGUAGUUCGUUUUCCGUGUGUGGUUUACAUAAAUGAAGUACGUGUCAUUCCUCCAGGAGUGAGAGCUCAUACAAGUUUGCCUGACAAUAGGGCUUAUGGAGAGACAUCUCCACAUACAUUUCAACUGGACUUGUUUUUUAACAAUGUCAGCAAGCCAAGUGCCCCUGUUUUUGAUAGGCUAGGGAGCCUUGAAUAUGAUGAGAACACUUCAAUUAUAUUCAGACCCAAUGCAAAGGUCAACACGGAUGGAUUGGUUCUAAGAGGAUGGUACAACUGUCUGACUUUGGCAAUAUAUGGCUCAGUCGACAGGGUAGUAAGUCAUGAGAGAGAGUCACCUCCUCCACCCCCACCUCCGCCACCACCUCCCCAGCAACAGCCUGGUUUGAAAAGAAACCCAAAACAUGUUGAUGGAGAGAAAGAAGACCAGUUCAAUGGCAGUCCUCCAAGACCACAACCUAGGGGACCAAGGACACCUCCAGGCCCUCCUCCUCCUGAUGAUGAUGAUGAUGAUGAACCUAUGCCUGUGUCAGUGGUUGGGGAAAAAGAAGAUGAUGUGGACCAUAGGGAAGAUUACUUUGAGCCCAUUUCUCCUGAUCGAACAUCCAUUCAUCAAGAAAGCCAGUAUUCUGAUGAUGGAGAAGUUGAGGAAGAUCAACAAGAAGAAGGAGAUGAUGAAGAUGAUGUGGAUGUUGAGGAUGAAGAGGAUGAGGAGGAUGAUGACGAUGAUGAUGAUGGGCAUACAGUAGAGAGUAUUGCUGAUGAGGAAGAGGAGGAGGAGGAGGAGGAAGAUGAAGACGAUGAAGAGGGUGAAGAGGAGGAAGAAGGUGAAGGAGAUGAUGGAUAUGAGCAGAUAUCAAGUGAUGAAGAUGGAAUUGCUGAUCUGGAACGUGAAACAUUUAAGUAUCCAAGCUUUGAUAUUGAAUAUACUCCUGAGGAUCUGGCAUCUGUGCCUCCUGUGACAUACGAACCUUUUGAAAAGGAGCUUGGACCUCUUUUGUACUUCAGCUGCCCUUACAAGACUGUAUUUGAAAAUGAAGUUGGUAAAAUAAAGGACCAAGACCCAGAAAAAGAAAAUUCAGGGGCAGUGGAAGCCUCAGUUAAGUUAACUGAACUGUUGGAAUUAUAUCAGGAGGAAAGGGGUGCAAAGUGGGUCACUGCAUUAGAAGAAAUUCCAAGUUUAAUAGUAAAAGGAUUGAGCUACCUGCAGGUGAAAGACACAAAGCAAAACUAUAUUACCCAGCUAGUAGACUGGACCCUGCAAGCUUUAAACCUUCAGGUAGCUCUCAAACAGCCCAUUGCGUUGAACGUCCGACAACUCAAAGCUGGGACAAAAUUGGUAUCGUCGUUAGGAGAAUGUGGGACUGAAGGAAUAACAGCACUCUUGCAGGCAGGAGUUAUUAAUGUAUUAUUUGACCUGUUGUUUGCAGACCAUGUAUCGUCUUCCCUUAAACUUAAUGCUUUUAAAGCUUUGGAUAGUGUUAUUAGUAUGACUGAGGGAAUGGAAAUGUUUCUCAGAGGUGGUGUAGAUGUGCAUGAGAAAAGUGGUUAUCAGAAACUCGUGGAACUCAUACUGUUAGAUCAGACUGUGAGGGUAGUUACUGCUGGUUCUGCAAUUCUGCAGAAAUGUCACUUCUAUGAGGUUUUGUUAGACAUUAAAAAGGUGGUUGAUCAGUUAGCAGAGAACACUCCUCCUCUUCCUAAUCACACCGAAUCAGAACAGGAGCAGGAUUUGGCAGGACUUGAAAGAACCAACCAAGAGUAUGAGAAUGAUGUGGAGGCUCCUAUGGACAUGGAUCAUCUUUUGGAAUCUUCUAAUAUAAGCGAAGGAGAGAUGGAAAAACUUGUUAGUCUUCUUGAAGAAAUCUUCCAUUUGAUGGAAACUGCUCCUCAUACAAUGAUUCAGCCACCUGUGAAAUCUUUCCCAACCGUGGCACGUAUUACAGGCCCUCCAGAAAGGGAUGAUCCUUACCCUGUCCUGUUCAGAUAUCUUCAUAGUCACCAUUUCUUGGAAUGCAUUACUUUGCUACUGUCUAUGCCAGUGACAGGCGCACAUCCAGGCGUGCUGCAAGCUAUACGAGAUAUAUUGCGCUUCCUGGCACAGUCACAGAAGGGGCUUCUUUUCUUUAUUUCUGAGUAUGAAGCAACAAACUUGUUGAUUAGAGCACUCUGUCAGUUUUCUGAUCCGGAUCAGGAGGAAGGUCUCCAGUCAGAUGGUGCCAAUGAGGAUACUUUUGCCCUGUGGCUCCUGCAUUCAACACAGACAUUACAGUGCAUUUCAGAAUUAUUCUGCCACUUUCAGCGGUGCACAGCCAGUGAGGAGACUGACCAUUCAGAUCUACUAGGAACACUUCACAACCUUUACUUGAUCACCUUUAACCCUGUGGGAAGGUCUGCUGUGGCUCAUGUGUUCAGUCUGGAGAAAAAUCUCCAAAGUCUUAUUACUUUAAUGGAAUAUUAUUCCAAAGAAGCUUUAGGAGACUCAAAGUCUAAGAAGUCAGUUGCAUAUAAUUAUGCCUGCAUCCUUGUUUUGUUGGUGGUUCAAUCUUCAAGUGAUGUCCAAAUGCUGGAACAGCACUCGGUGCCUUUGCUGAAGCUUUGUAAAGCAGACGAAAAUAACACCAAAUUGCAAGAGCUCAGCAAAUGGCUUGAACCUUUGAAAAAUCUUAGAUUUGAAAUAAAUUGUAUCCCAAAUCUCAUUGAAUAUAUCAAGCAGAAUAUUGACAGUUCGAUGACCCCAGAUGGAGUUGGUAUUCCUACUGCACUUCGUGUUCUUUGUCAUGUUGCAUGUCCACCACCAAUGGUAGAAGGUCAACAGAAAGACCUUAAAUGGAAUCUUGCGGUUAUUCAGCUCUUUUCUUCUGAGGGAAUGGACACCUUCAUCCGGGUGUUACAGAAGCUGAACAGCAUACUUAUUCAGCCUUGGCGACUCCAUGUCAACAUGGGCACCACGCUUCACAGAGUUACUACAAUUUCCAUGGCCCGCUGUACACUUACUCUUCUUAAAACUAUGCUAACAGAACUCCUGAGGGGUGGAUCUUUUGAAUUCAAAGACAUGCGUGUUCCAUCAGCACUGGUUUCUUUACACAUGCUCAUGUGUUCUAUUCCUCUCUCAGGCCGCUUAGAUAGUGAUGAGCAAAAAAUACAAAAUGACAUUGUUGAUAUUUUACUGACUUUUACACAAGGGGUUAAUGAAAAACUUACCAUUUCUGAAGAAACUUUGGCGAACAAUACUUGGUCUUUAAUGCUGAAGGAAGUUCUCUCUUCAAUUUUGAGAAUUCCCGAAGGCUUUUUCUCUGGACUUAUACUGCUUUCAGAGCUGUUGCCUCUUCCACUGCCCAUGCAGACGACCCAGGUAAUUGAACCACAUGAUAUUUCAGUGGCACUCAACACCAGGAAGCUGUGGAGUAUGCAUCUUCAUGUCCAGGCCAAACUGAUACAAGAAAUAGUUCGAUCUUUCUCUGGUUCAUCUUGCCAGCCUAUUCAGCAUAUGUUGAGACGUAUUUGUGUUCAGUUGUGUGACUUGGCUUCACCUACUGCUCUUCUUAUCAUGAGGACUGUAUUGGACCUGAUUGUAGAAGACCUACAAAGCAACACAGAAGAUAAAGAGAAACAGUACACUGGACAGACCACUCGAUUGCUUGCUUUAUUGGAUGCCCUGGCUUCACAUAAAGCUUGUAAAUUGGCAGUUUUGCAUCUUAUUAAUGGAACUUCUAAAGGUGAUGAAAAGUAUGCAGAGGUUUUCCAGGAGCUUUUGGCUUUGAUGCGGUCAGCUGGGGACAAUGUCACGCAUCAACAGUGCGCUGAAUAUGUAACUUCCCUUUUGCAGUCUCUCUGUGAUCAGGAUAUUGCACUCAUUUUACCAAGUUCAUCAGAAGGUUCUGUGUCUGAAUCAGAGCAGCUUUCCAACUCUUUACCAAGCAAAGAACUGAUGCCCUUGAUUUGUGACUGUCUGAUGGAAACAUUAACUAAUACUGAGAGCAGUUACAAUUGUCUGCUGCAGUGUAUCCGAACAAUGAUGUUCCUGACUGAGCAUGAUUAUGGCUUCUAUCACUUAAAGAGCUCCCUAAGAAAACACAGCAGUGCUCUCUACACUGUAUUAAAGCGAGUAAUAACUAGUUUUAGCAAAGACACAGGUGAACUGGCCUCUUCAUUUCUGGAUUUCACGCGACAGAUUCUGAACUCCGAUACGCUGGGAUGUUGCGGAGAUGAUGGAAGCCUUAUGGAAACAGAUGGAUCUCAUCCAGGGAGAACGCUGGGUCUGACUACUGCAGAGUUAAAACAUCUACUGCAGAACAAAGAAGAAACCCCAGAAAACCUGCUACUUGAUCUGGAGAAGCAUGUUAUGGAUUGUUCAAAGGAAGAUGAUGGCCUUGAAUCCUUACUGGACAACAUUGUUGGAGUGAGGCAGAUGUUGGAAUCUGCAGGUGAUUCUUGUCCCCUGAGUGACCAAGAUGUAGAGCCUGUUCUUUGUGCACCAGACUCUCUUCAGAAUUUGUUUAACAACAGGACUACAUAUGUGUUGUCAGAUGUGAUGGAUGACCAGCUGAAGUCCAUGUGGUUCUCACCCUUUCAGGCUGAAGAAAUAGACACUGAUCUGGACAUGGUAAAAGUUGACUUGAUUGAACUGUCAGAGAAGGGCUGCAGUGACUUUGACUUGCAAGCUGAGUUAGAGAGGUCAUUUUUGUCAGAGCCAUCAUCUCCUGGACGCACAAAAACCACAAAAGGGUUCAAACUCGGCAAGCACAAGCACGAGACCUUCAUAACUUCGAGUGGAAAAUCUGAGUACAUAGAGCCUGCAAAGAGAGCUCAUGUUGUACCACCACCAAGAGGAAGAGGCAGAGGAGGAUUUGGACAAGGGAUUCGACCGCAUGAUAUCUUCCGUCAGAGGAAACAGAACACGAGCAGGCCGCCCUCCAUGCAUGUGGAUGACUUUGUUGCUGCAGAGAGCAAAGAAGUUGUUGCUCCAGACGGGAUACCACCAGCCAAAAGGCCACCAAAAGUGUCACAGAAGAUUUCUUCACGUGGUGGGUUCUCAGGGAAUCGAGGAGGACGAGGAGCUUUUCACAGUCAGAACAGGUUCUUUACACCACCUGCUUCAAAAGGAAAUUACAGUCGUCGUGAAGGUGCUCGAGGCUCAAGCUGGAGCGCACAGAGUACACCCAGGGGAACCUACAAUGAUAGUAGAGGUGGUCAAAGCAAUUUUAACAGGGGUCCACUGCCACCACUGAGACCAUUAAGUUCAGCAGGCUACCGACCGAGCCCUCGGGAUCGUGCUUCCAGAGGCCGGGGAGGAAUCGGACCAUCUUGGACAAGUGCUAAUAGUAGUAGCAGUGGUGGCUCAAGAGGGAAGUUUGUUAGUGGAGGCAGUGGAAGAGGUCGUCAUGUACGUUCCUUCACACGAUAAAAUGAGACCCAAUGGAACAGCCCAACCAUAUGGACUUGUGUGAAGAUGACAAAGAAAGGAGCGGCACUAAAGGACCAAUUCAGAGUUACUGCUCUCUGAAGGACACCAAGAGAAUAUUUUUGCCUGAAGAAAAGUUUUUGUUUGAUACAAGACUUGAAAUUUCAAUAAAAUCAAGACCUUUUGUGUACAAUUGUAAAUUUUUUGUUCCUUUUGAAAGAAUGUUUUUUUUGUGGACUUCAGUAGACAAUGCUCAGUAAAGAACCUCUUUGAGACUUGAAGGACUUCUAAAAUACUCAUUGUGCCAAAAGAAAGGUACAGGCGUUUUGUGUGUGACUUACUACCGCAAGAAGAUCAAAUAUAUAUAUGUAUAUGU